UGGCCUUUGUAUGCUGAGUCCAACUAACUUUGUGAGCUCAGUGGCGAUGGAUGGAGGAACACUCAACAACACUAGCAACACAAAUUCAUAAGCCUGUUGGUUGGGCACCUCUGCACUUUGAAUCAUUUUCCAGUAUCAAAAAAACAAACAAACAAACAAAUGCUUUCACCAGUUUUCUUAGCACUUGAUGAAAUAAAUAUCAGACUCGAAUGUUUAUUAAAGAGGCAUCAUGAAUACCAGUCAAUACAGUAGAGAUGCUCCUUUGUCCUGAUUGGUCGGAUGAUGUUGGUCCACAUUAUUUGUUUUCCCUCGCAUUUUAGCCAGUUUCUUUUUUAAAUGACUGAUUUAACCAUUAAUUCUGGUCAACUCUCUCUCUCUCUCUCUCUCUCUCUCUCUCUCUCUCUCUCUCUCUCUCUCUCUCUCUCAUAAAAGCGCAUACAUGCACGCGCGCACAAAAGUAAUGAAGUGUGUGGAGGAUGCGCCCUGCGUCACGGGGUACAACGCGUAUCCGAAUCUAGUGGUGAAAGCCUGUAGAGUCUAGUAGAGCACGUCUUAAGUUCAUGUUUAAGAAACUCGACGCGUGGCUUGUUCGGAGGACGCUAAACCACCGUUUAAUAUCCAGUGAUAUGGAAUCAGUUUAAAAGCGAUUUUUUCCUGAUAUUACUUCUGACAAGCAAACAUUUGGGCCUUCACUGGUGGCCAAACGCACUUACAUUCCAAAUAUACUUUAACGUUAGAUGUCACGCGUCCAAGGGCACACGUUUAAGCUUUAUAACGAUGUAUCGAGCUUUUUGGGAUACGAUAUUUCUCCUUAGUGGCUAUUUAUUUACAUACAGUCAAGUGCAGCAAAAUGCUACGUCAGCAGCAACAACCAUGGCAAUGACUCCCACCACAACCGCCACUAUAACUGCCACUAUAACUGCCACCAACACCACAGCAGUGUCAAGUACUACUGUUAGAAGAAAGUUCAUAGCAGCAGCAGUCCACUCUCACUUUGCUGACUGUCCUGACUCCCACAGCCAUUUCUGCAUCCAUGGAACAUGCCGCUUUCUCAUCCUGGAGGAGACGCAAGCGUGUGUGUGCCACCCAGGCUUCAUAGGUGUGCGUUGUGAGUAUGCAGACCUGCUGGCAGUGGUAGCAACCAACCAAAGGCAGCAUACAUUGGCCACUAUAUUGAUGCUGGGCAUAUUGGGCAGUGUCCUGCUUGUACUGCUUUGCACCAUAAUAAAUUGUUGGUGGAGGCGGGGCAGAUGGAGGCAAGGACCUCUGCUUUCCUGUUUGUCAAAAAAACCAAAUGGCAUCGUAAAAAGUGGGACAUCCUGCUGUCACACAGAGACAGUGGUUUGAAAUGGUUCCACUGUAGUGCUCUUGGUAUACCCAUGUUCUCAAUUUUGCCACCUGAAGCCCCAUGGAUUAUCACUGGAUUAACCUACUAAUUCAUGUCAGCAAGCUGAGAACCAAACCAGAUGUGGAAUUCAGAACUUAUAUACUUGAUGGAAGUAAACUUAUCCAUUCAGUUUUUAUAAUUUUUUGUGGAAUAUAAAACUAAAACAAUGGAAGACAGUUUAUUUCCCAUUUAUGGUAAUUUCCCAACACAGAUAUUGAUCUCCUGGACGCUGGACUUUCAUACUAUCGUGUUGGAACAGAUUACAGGAGUGAAGAUACACUCAGACUUAAGAUCUUGUGAGGAAAGGCCCUACAGUGAACGAGCAACUGACAAGUGCUUAUGCCUGCUCAGCUGGAUGUGAAAAGUAAGAAUGAGAUUCAGAACUUUGAUGUAAAUUUUCAUGAAUUAAUGUGCUUAGGGUGCUUGGAUGUUCUUGAGACACUGAGAACUAUGUUCAUUUUGACAACAGAAGUGGACACCAUGAUAAGAGGAAUAGUUUCAAUUUUCAAAUCACAAAAAACUUGGAAAAUGAACAGAAUGUUUAUGGUGUGACACCAAAAGAUCUAGUACUUGUCAAAAGUUUGGAUACACCUACUUGUAGAAAGAUUUUGUUUAAUUUUCCACAUUAGGUCUAAAAUACCAACAAAACAAAAAAAAUUUAAACUAUGAAAUAACACUGAAUUAUACAGGGAACAAAAAGUGAAACAAAUAAAAUAAGUAAACAAAUCAACAUAUUAUUACAAUAAUUAUUAACAAGCUGCAUGAGAUAUCUGUGAAGAGGCUUACUUUCCAAGAGUUCCCAGUUAUUCUGGCCAGUUAUUGGCUGUAGUUUCAAAGUUUUAAAUGAAAACUAUUUAUUUUUGCAUUUGAAACAAAUUUCAUGUCUUUAGAUAUCUUAAGAUUAUCAAGAACAGUUACACGUGUCCAAACUUUUGGUGUGUGGUGUAUAUGAGCUAUAGUUUUAAAUGUUUUAGUUAUUCAGGAGUGUCACACACAACUAAUUGUUCUAAGAAUGGAAAAAUAAUCUUGGAUAGCUAAGAUCUUAAAUGAUGAUAAUCUUGGAUGAUAAUAGUAGAUGAAAAUGUGUACACAUGAUUUUCAGAGUAUAUUUCAAGUAUAUUAAUGUAUUCAAUAACCAUGAUAUAUUUAAGAAUUAACAGUCAAUGGCAGGCUUCUGAGGAAAACACUUGUCUUGGAAUCCAGAGGGUAUUUUAUGCUUAUGUUCAUUAGUAUUAUUCCACUUGAGAUGUUCUUGUUCACAGAUUCCAUUUAAUAACAUAUGUAUACUCAUGUCACAUACCCUUGAGUUGAACUUUCUCCUCUUUCAGUUCUUGAUAGUGAAGAAAUGUUACAAGGUUUUUGACAACAUUGUAUAACUUCUAAAAUCAGAAUCACAACAUGUAUGGUUUUGGCAGAAAUUGUAUUAGUGAGUGAAGGUUUGGGUGUGCACAAGUGUAUUUACACAUUCACUUUACACUGUUGCACUGCAAUCAUGUGAUUGACGACCGCUUUCAAAUCCGCACUCUUACCCUGAUGGCUGUGGUAAAACAGGCACUGGCUCUUUUCUGGAAAACAAAAUGUGAAAUGUGCUAAACAGGCCUAGUCAUUAGUGGAGCCUGAUUUUGAUUAAAGAGUGUGUGUAGAUAUGAUUGUGAUAAAUCCACUAAAUUCACUUCACAAAGCACUAUGUACAUGUUCACUUCUACAUAUAGUCCACACACACACAUGCUCACACUCAACUAUGUACUGUAUAUACAUAUAGACAGCUGUGACUGCUUUGUUUCUGAUUUAAAGCUUGUUACUGUUUAUUGCAAAUCUGUUCUGAACAUUUUAGACUCUGAGAUUUAGAAAGUUUUAAACCUUGUUUAACAUUGUAUGUUGUGUUAUUGACCUCCAAGCCUUUUGUCAUUGCUCUUAAAUGUAUGGUAACUAGGUGCAUCCAGAUACAGGUAAAACCCUGAUACUGUGUGGAGAUUUAUUCAGUCAUCUGCUUUUGCUGAACCCUAAAAGUGUCCACUCGAACAGUAGAGGCGAACAGUCCUGCUUUAUGCACAAGAUAUUCCAAAAUUAGAAUUCAUUAGCACUAGAUUUACAUUACUGUAGUAGUAAUAGUUCACAGUUUUAGGGAAAAUUGAUUGAAUAAGACUUCAUCCAGAGGACUGCGGGAGAGAGUGUUGCUAGCAUUGAGCACUUUAUAUUAAAAAAACAAACAAACAAAAAAACUUUGAUUACACUGAUUGACUUGAUUUAUGAACUGGAGAAAAAAACCCAUCUAAUUCAAACUGAAUGUAAAAAAAAAAAAAAUGUAUUUGCUCAUGUGAUUAAAUAUAGGAAAUGUAUUGGCUAUUGGUUGGGAAAGUGGUUGCAAGCAAAUGAAUGCUAAUUGUGCUAGAUGAUGUAUGAUUGAAAUCUCAUCUCUUCUGCUCUGUGACUGGAAUAUAUUUGAGAAACUUUAUUUGGUCCUCUAAAUCUAUUUAUUGGUUUACUUUGACACAUUAUUUUUGUUAUUCAGUAUUUAAAAAAAAGAAAAAGAAAAACAAACCUGUACUCACAAUACUGUCAUCUAUACAUUCUUAUUUUUUGUCCUACUUUGUCAUUAUAAUUUUUAUUUAUUUAUAUUUUUUUUUACUGUAAAUUACACAGUGCUACAUUAUCUCAAUAUAAAAUUGCAUCAUGCACAUUUUGUUUGACCCUAGAUACAACAGGAUUAUAAAUGUCUGUGUUCCUGGAUAAUUGUGCUUGUGAUCUUCCUUGAUUACAUGGUUGUAUGCAGACAAAGUUGUUGUUGGUUCAAUAAUCUGUCACAUCAUAUGUCUAUGUUCUUCACCACUUUUUGUUUACCUUUUUCAACUAUAAAAUGUUAAAAUGCAAAAAGA